AAAGCGCAUUACUUUACCCCUUCUAUGUAUUCGUCCAUCGUCUGCACCGCCGUCAAAAGUUCUCUUCCAGAAUUCAACCGUUGUCGUCCAUGGGUGAGACUAAAGAAAAAUAUUCCCGCCCAAACUACUGCCCGAAAGGUCAGCGGGUAACCUGCCCUGUCAACCCCCACUUACCGCUGAUCUCCCUCUAUCCAUCUACAGAGUAUUACUCAACCGCUCACUUUUCUCAACCCAUCGCACCUCUGCGUCCUCAACCUCCUCUGCGGUCUUCAGCUCCUGUCGCUCAUUUUUUCUGCUGCGGUUGAUGGCUAGAAGGCCGCUGGUUAGUUGGUGGAAGUCAAUGGAUCUUUCUGUCGGCGUUUUCCAGGCACUCACCCAACCAGAGAAUGAGGAGUACUCGAAAUCAGGAAGAGAAGAAAAAGAAAGGGAUAGAUUCACUAAUUCGAAGAAGAGAUGGAGGUCUGUGGUGCGAUUUGCAAGAUUUAGACGACGAUAAAAAAGAGAAGGGAAUUUGUGUUAGAGCCGUUCGGGUUUACGACUUACCUACCCGUGAUGGAAGGCCAAGCACAAUAGAAGUGAUUUUUCAUGACUCAAAGGGAACAAGGAUUCAUGCACGGAUUAGGAGGCCUGAAAUGAAGAAAUUCAGACCCAAAAUCAAGGAAGGGGCAGUUUGUGCAUUGAAGAAUUUCGUGGUGAUGCGUAACAAUCAGGAUUACAAGACCACAAACCACCCUUUUACCCUGACUUUCUAUGAAUACACACACUGGAAAGACUUAAGUGCAUACCGAUUUCCAAAAUUCAUGUUUAACUUCUGUCCUUUUGAGAAGUUAUUGGAACCAUUGAGCCAGAAUCUGCUAACUGAUGUGAUAGGAAAAGUAAUUGCAAGGACUGGAAUUCAAAGCCGAUUUGUUCAAGGAGUUCCACAGAGAUUCAUUGAGCUGACUUUGGAAGAUACAAGGGGACAACAACUACGGUGCACUCUUUGGGGAGACUACAUUGAAAAGUUCAAUGAAUCUGUUGGUGCAGGGAUCACGAAUCCUAUUCUAAUCGUGCAGUUUGGCCGCCCGAAGGAAUACAUGAAAGAAGUGUCUAUCUCCACCUCAUUCCAUGUGACAAAACUAAUCCUAGACAAUGAUUGUGAAGAAGCAAAAGAAUUUCUGAAAGCUUUCAAGAAUGGGGAUGAGGAUAGCAGAUCCUCAAGUACUUUCACACUCACCCAAAGUAGUGAAGUAACAGAAGAUUCCAAUGCUAAUUUGAGGAUUACAACCAUCAAGAACUUACUUACUGAAACAGCGGAUGGGUAUUACUGGAUAAUGGCUGACAUAGUUUCUGUGGAAAACUAUAAGGAUUGGUAUUACUUGGCCUGCAACAACAAAACAUGUAGCCGAAAGGUUUACGUAGACGGAGAUUGUUUCCGCUGUGAACAGUGUGAAAAAACAAUGACACAUGUCGAAUACAGGUACAAAGUUACACUAACUUUGAUGGAUGAGAGCGGACAUGCAACAUUCAUUCUAUGGGAUCAAGAGUGCAAAGAGAUAAUGGGAAUUCCAGCAUCAAAGCUGAGAGACAUCAUGAUCGAGCGCAACGGGGAUGACAAUGACUUUCCGGUGGAAUUAGAACAAGCAGUUCUUUCCAAGAGUGGAUUGUUUAAGACCAUUCUACGAAAUGCAACGUACUACACAAGGAUUAAGGGGCCAAGAACUUUUGGUGUAUUGAAUAUGGUAACAGACCCAAAGACAGUUGCAAUGUACAAGCCUGUCGUGAAGGAAAGAAAAGAGAUGGACGGAUGGAGUUCUUAUGAAUUUGAAUUUCUCAACAAAGAAGUGAUCUGCUCUGGUGAAAAAGGAAAAGAUAAGAAAGACAAAGGGAAGCAGAAGAUCACUGAAGUGUAUGAAGAAGAUGAAAUGCAUCAUUCCCUGAAGGAUGCUGGGUCAAGUACCAAGGCAAAGAAGGCUAAACUAUGCAUUGGGUAGGACGGAAGCCUAAAGUCUUUGAGUCUCCAGUUUCGUGUUGUUCAAAUCAGUGUCGUCUUUAAUAAUCUGUCCAUAAAUAUGUUUGGGUCCU